AUGUCAACGAAUACAAUAGAUCAGUUAAUUUUAUUUAAACGUCUAUUAAUUAUAUUUGGUUCAGUAUGUUGUCUAUGGUUAAUCAUUGGAUUUAUAUUUCUCUCAAUUGAAACUUAUCGUCAAUUAAAGGAAAAGACAAAUUAUGAUAUGUUUCGUUAUAAUCGAAUAUUAAAUUUGCCAUCAUUAUUAUUAACGAAUAUUAAACAAACAUUAAUAGGAGGUAAUAUGUCGGAAAAUGAUGACAAUGAUGAUGAUGACGAUGAUGAUCGAAUCAGUAUUGUUACUUCUGUUUCAUUUAUUUCUGAAAGAUCAAAAACUACUCAUGAACAUCCAUAUUUUACGUCAUCAUGUCAACAUAUAACCGAUGAACCAAUGACAAUAACAUUUCCAAGUUCAACAGGUUUUACAAAUUUAGCGUAUAGUCCAUCAAUAUUAUCAUCAUCUAGUGAUAAUGCUACUUCUCUUCUCUAUCAUCCUGCUUAUCAAAAUUUUUCAUAUCCACAGUCUAAUGAUAAUUAUCACAAAAAAUCUUCAAUACCUUCGUUAAACUCACCGCCUUCAACUAGUCGAUUUAAUUUUAAGCGUCAAUUAUCAACAAAUACAUUAAUGAGUGAAAUGACAAAUGCAACAUAUAUGUCAUCGAAAUCUGCUAUAAAAACUUUACUACUACCAACACUUAUGAUAACUGAUGUCGAUCGAUUACAAACCGAUAUAAUUGAACUUGAAAAUUUCGAACCAGAAAAAGAAUGGUAUCAUAAGAAAUCUCAAUUAAGAUUUUUACUUAAUGAUCAUAUGCCUUAUGAAAUUAAAUAA